AUGUCUACACGGGUUGACAAAUCCAUCUCCCAUAAAUUGGUUGGGCGAGAACAAAUUCGAGCUACUUUAAUGCAACAGUUAAGAGAAACUCAUAAGUAUCGUGACAUCCUAUGCAUGGGCCCUGAUGCAUUUCUUCAAUUGUGUGAGAAAUUAAGAGCAACACGUCAAGUGAGGGAUACAAAACAUGUUACAGUAGAGGAGCAAGUUGCUAGGUUCUUGUAUAUAGUAGCUCAUAAUGUGAAAACUAGAACCGUUUCUUUUUUCUACCACCGAUCUGGAGAAACUGUUAGCCGCCACUUCCAUGCUGAAGGAAUAGCAUCUGACUCAAAAGUUCUUAAGAAUGCAUUAUCGAUGGAUGAUAAUCUUAAACUUCCACGAGAAAAAUUUUACCUUGGGGAUGCUGAAUUUAUGCUUAAGCAUGGAUUAAUUACCCCAUAUCGAAGUGUAAGGUAUUACUUAAAAGAGUAUGCAAGACGUGGCCCAGAAAAUGAAAAGGAAUUAUUUAAUCUUCGUCAUGCUUUAUUGAGAAAUGUUAUCGAAAGGUCUUUUGGAGUUUUAAAGAAAAGAUUUGCAAUAAUCACAAGUGGCACUGAACCACAUUAUGACUUUGAAACUAUGGCUGAAAUUGUGCUAGCUUGUUGCGUAUUACAUAACUUUUUAAUGGGUGUAGAUCUUGAUCCACAUCUCAUAGCUCAAGUUGACCGAGAACUACAAAGAAAUAAUCCAGAAGAGGAUGAAGUAGUUCGACAUGAACAAGAUGAAGACUAUAGGCGGGGUGCCAUAUUAAGGGAUGAAAUAGCUGCUCAAAUAUGGGCUGACUAUCGACUAGGACUCUGA